CUGCUGGAUACAAACAUGGCGUCUGCUGAUCUGAGAGAGGAGCUAACCUGCCCCAUCUGCCUGAACUUUUAUACAGAUCCUAUAACUCUGAGAUGUGGCCAUAACUUCUGCCUGGGCUGUAUUAAGAGUGUGCUGGGUACGCAGAAGAGGUCUGGGGUUUAUACCUGUCCUGUGUGCAGAAAGAGUUUUAAUAAGAGACCUGAGCUUCAGAGAAACAUAACACUGUGUAAUGUAGUGAAGCAUUUACAGAUUACUCAGCCAGAGCAAAAUGACACUGGGAUCUUCUGCACUUACUGUAUUCCUGUACCUGCUGCUAAAUCCUGUCUACUGUGUGAGGCUUCUCUGUGUGAUGCCCACCUGAGGUCACACAGCAAGUCUGAGGAACACGUCUUAACUGAGCCCACCACUUCCUGGGGUAACAGAAAAUGCUCCAUACACAGGGAGCUGCUGAAAUAUUACUGCACUGAGGAUGCUACCUGUAUCUGUGUGUUCUGCUCCCUGGCCGGAGAGCACAGGGGACACCAGGUGGAGCUGCUGAAUGAGGCUUCUGAGAAGAAGAAAAAGAGACUGAGAGAUGUUCUGCAGAAACUGACCACAAAGAGAGAGAAGACUGAGAAAAGAGUCCAGAGUCUGCAGGAGCACAGGAGAGGGGUGCAAGAGAAAGCAGCUGGUGUAACAGAGCGACUCACUGCCCUGAUUAGGGACAUCAGGAAACAGCUGGAAGACCUAGAGAAGCGAGUCCUGAGUGACAUCACCCGGCAGCAGGAGCAGGUUUUACUCCCAAUCUCUGAUCUGAUCCAGCAGCUGGAAAAAGAGAAGGACGAGCUGACCAGGAAGAUGUGUCAAAUCGAGGAGCUGUGCAACAUGACUGACCCAUUAACUGUCCGACAAGAACAGGAAUCACACAGAGAUGACUUUUGUGGUGCUGACAAGAGAGAUAAUGAGGUCACACAGAGAGGUGAUAAUCAGGUUCCUGCUGGGGGGCAUUUGGUUGAGGGUCUGAUCUCAGUGACCUUAUACAGAGGUUUAGCUGAUAUUGUGACUGAUGUAAAGAGAGAGCUGUAUGUGCAGGUGACAGACAUAUUUCUUGAUAUAAACACAGCUAAUAAUAAUGUUAUUGUAUCAGGUGAACUGAAAACGGCAUCCUGCUCAGGUAUAAACCAGCAGCGACCAGAAACACCAGAGAGAUUUACUUAUUAUCCUCAGGUAUUGAGCACCAGGAGCUUUUCCUCAGGACGACAUUACUGGGAAGUGCAAAUCAGUAAAUCGGGGCACUGGUGUGUAGGGGUUUGUUAUACCAGUAUGGGGAGGGGAGGACGUCAGUCUUGGAUAGGAAACAACAACAAGUCCUGGGGUUUGAAUAGUGAUAAAGAUCUUUCAGUGGUCCAUAACACAAUACGCAUCUCAUUACAACCCCUUAUAUCAUGUGACACAGUAGGAAUACUGCUGGACUAUGAGGCUGGGCGUCUGACCUUCUUUAAGCUGUGUGAACCGAUCAGACACUUACACACCUUCACUACCACCUUCACUGAGCCUCUUCAUGCUGCAUUCUGUGUAUGGGGUGAAGGUGCCUGUGUGAGAAUCCUGCGCUAGAUACACUGACCAUAAUAAUAAUGCUGCAUUCUGGGUAUGGGGUGAUGGUGCAUUCUGGGUAUGGGGUGAUGGUGCAUUCUGGGUAUGGAGUGAUGGUGCCUGUGUGAGAAUCCUGCACUAGAUAUACUGACCAUAAUAAUAAUGCUGCAUUCUGGGUAUGGGGUGAUGGUGCAUUCUGGGUAUGGGAUGAUGGUGCAUUCUGGGUAUGGGGUGAUGAUGCAUUCUGGGUAUGGGGUGAUGAUGCAUUCUGGGUAUGGGGUGAUGAUGCAUUCUGGGUAUGGGGUGAUGGUGCAUUCUGGGUAUGGGGUGAGGGUACCUGGGUGAGAAUCCUAGCUAGAUACACUGUUACAUAAUAAUAAUGCUGCAUUCUGGGUAUGGGGUGAUGGUGCAUUCUGGGGAUGGGGUGAUGGUACCUGGGUCAGAAUCCUGCGCUAGAUACACUGUUACAUAAUAAUAAUGGUGCAUUCUGGGUAUGGGGUGAUGGUGCAUUCUGGGUAUGGGGGGAUGGUGCAUUCUGGGUAUGGGGUGAUGGUGCAUUCUGGGUAAGGGAUGAUAGGAUUCUCACCCAGGUACUAUGUUAGAUACACUGUCACAUAAUAAUAAUAAUAAUGCUGCUGCCUGUGAGCCAGUGACGUUUGUGCAUUGUACACAUUGUGUAUGAACUGGGGAUGAAAUAAAAUAAGAUAUUUAUGCAUGAAA